AUGGAUUCUCAAGGUGCCACACUCCCUCCUCAUGUACUCAUUUUUCCGGUGCCAAUUCAGGGCCAUGUGAAUUCCAUGCUCAAACUGGCCGAACUCCUCUGUCUUUCUGGCCUUGACAUUACAUUCAUGGUCUCUGAUUUUAGCCACGCCCGCCUCCUCAAGCAUACUACAGUCGUUUCGCGUUUCAACCAGUAUCCUGGGUUCCGUUUCCAGUCUAUUACCGAUGGGCUUCCUGCUGACCAUCCUCGAGUUGGCGAGCAAGUCAUGGAUAUCCUGUCUUCUACUAAAAACAUAACGGCACCACUUUUCAAGCAGAUGAUGAUUGAGAAGAACUUAUUCGCUUCUGAAACCCGAAGGUCAAUUACUUGCAUCAUAGCUGACGGGGUCCUGACCUUUGCCGGUGAUUUUGCUGAAGAGAAAGGAAUACCCCUCAUCUAUUUUCGUACUAUUAGCGCUAGCUCCUUUUGGGCUUAUUUCUGUAUACCUGAACUCAUUGAAGCCGGUGAAAUUUCCCACGAAGGUAUUGGCAUGGACCAAAUAGUAAAAAGCGUUCCGGGAAUGGAAGGUUUUUUAAGAUUCCGUGACUUGCCCAGCUUUUGCCGUGCCAAAGACAUCAAUGAGCCAAAACUUCGAAUUGCUGAAUCCGUUACUAGACAAACCACAAGAGCGCAAGCAGCCAUUUUUAACACAUUUGAAGAUCUAGAAAGGCCAACAGUGUCUCUUAUACGCAAGCACAUACCAAAAGUAUUCACCAUUGGACCAAAUCAUUCCCACCUAAAGUCAAGACUCGCAAAAACGAAGGCCGAUAACUCAGUUCUUUCAGGAAGCUUUUGGGCAGAAGACCGGAGUUGUCUCGAUUGGCUUAAUGCACAGCCACCAAAAUCAGUAAUCUAUGUUAGCUUUGGAAGCAUUACAGCUGUGACAAUAGAGCAGCUAUUGGAGUUCUGGCAUGGAUUACCACCAAAAUCAGUAAUCUAUGUUAGUUUUGGAAGCAUUACAGUUGUGUCAAGAGAGCAGCUAUUGGAGUUCUGGCAUGGAUUGGUGAAUAGUGGACAGAGGUUCUUAUGGGUCAUGAGGCCAGACUCAGUUUUAGGGGAAGAUCGGAAGGAUCAAACUCUAAUAGAAUUAGAGGAGGGUACAAAGGCAAGGGGUUACAUGGUAGGAUGGGCACCUCAGGAAGAAGUGCUGAACCUUGAGGCAGUGGGUGGAUUUUUGACGCACAGUGGAUGGAACUCGACUCUGGAGAGUAUUGUGGCUGGUGUGCCAAUGAUUUGUUGGCCAUAUUUUGGUGAUCAAACGAUUAACAGUAGGUUUGUGAGUGAGGUUUGGAAGAUUGGGUUAGACAUGAAAGAUACUUGUGAUAGAAAAAUUAUUGAGAGAGCUGUCAGAGAGCUUAUGGAAGAAAGGAAGGAUGAGUUCUUGGAAAGGUCAAAAAAUUUGGCAAAGCUUGCAAGGAAGGCUGUUAGUGAAGGUGGAUCAUCGUAUAACAAUUUGGAUGCUCUUAUUGACUACAUCAAAUCAAUGAUCAUCUGA